AUGGCCAAUCCGUUGAAAUACAAGUAUACUUCGCCACUGGCUGGCUUUGAGAAUGCUCCCCCACUCUCAGACGAGAGAAAUGAAGAUGGGAAGAGCUAUGUAAAUCCCAAACGUGAGGGCCUGAGCGAGGCAUAUAAUACCUUCACUGAGCCGUUGGACACCGGCCGAAGAGGAGGCUUUGAUAUCCACAUCUACUAUUUCCAGCAAAACAAAGAGCAAACCAAAUAUGCACGCGAGCUAUGGGAACGCAUCCGAAGAGAGUUCCCGGAGCUGAGAGUCUACACCUUUUGGGAUCGGCCAAUCGGCCCGCACCCGGUGGCCAUGUUCGAAGUCAACGUCUUUACUCCUGCUCAGUUCGGAGCAUUUAUUGCUUGGCUAGCCGUCUGGCGGGGCCCCCUCUCGGCUCUUAUCCACCCCAAUACGAUUCCAGAAGAAGGAGUGUCAUCUUCCGAAUCUGCUUUCCGCGACCACUCACAGCGAGCCAUUUGGAUGGGCGAGAAGCUAUCUCUAGACUUUACUAUAUUUGCUCGAUCUUCUUAG